UAAGGGGGCGCCGCGAUGGGCCAAGGGGACGAGAGCGAGCGCAUCGUGAUCAACGUGGGCGGCACGCGCCACCAGACGUACCGCUCGACGCUGCGCACGCUGCCCGGCACGCGGCUCGCCUGGCUGGCGGAGCCCGACGCCCACAGCCACUUCGACUAUGACCCGCGUGCCGACGAGUUCUUCUUUGAUCGCCACCCGGGCGUCUUUGCGCACAUCUUGAACUACUAUCGCACGGGCAAGCUGCACUGCCCGGCCGACGUGUGCGGGCCGCUCUACGAGGAGGAGCUGGCCUUCUGGGGCAUCGACGAGACGGACGUGGAGCCCUGCUGCUGGAUGACGUACCGCCAGCACCGCGACGCCGAGGAGGCGCUCGACAGCUUCGGUGGCGCGCCCCUGGACAACAGCGCGGACGACGCGGACGCCGACGGCCCUGGCGACUCAGGCGACGGGGAAGACGAGCUGGAGAUGACCAAGCGCCUGGCGCUCAGUGACUCCCCAGAUGGCCGGCCUGGCGGCUUCUGGCGCCGCUGGCAGCCGCGCAUCUGGGCGCUCUUCGAGGACCCCUAUUCGUCCCGCUACGCGCGGUAUGUGGCCUUUGCUUCCCUCUUCUUCAUCCUGGUCUCCAUCACCACCUUCUGCCUGGAGACCCACGAGCGCUUCAACCCCAUCGUGAACAAGACGGAGAUCGAGAACGUCCGCAAUGGCACGCAAGUGCGCUACUACCGGGAGGCGGAGACCGAGGCCUUCCUCACCUACAUCGAGGGCGUCUGCGUGGUCUGGUUCACCUUCGAGUUCCUCAUGCGUGUCAUCUUCUGCCCCAACAAGGUGGAGUUCAUCAAGAACUCGCUCAACAUCAUUGACUUUGUGGCCAUCCUGCCCUUCUACCUGGAGGUGGGCCUGAGUGGCCUGUCAUCCAAGGCUGCCAAGGACGUGCUGGGCUUCCUGCGCGUAGUCCGCUUCGUGCGCAUUCUGCGCAUCUUCAAGCUCACCCGCCACUUUGUGGGCCUUCGGGUCCUGGGCCACACUCUCCGCGCCAGCACCAACGAGUUCCUGCUACUCAUCAUCUUCCUGGCCUUGGGCGUGCUCAUCUUUGCCACCAUGAUCUACUACGCCGAGAGGAUAGGGGCACAGCCCAAUGACCCCAGCGCCAGUGAGCACACGCACUUUAAGAACAUCCCCAUCGGCUUCUGGUGGGCCGUGGUCACCAUGACGACGCUGGGCUACGGAGACAUGUACCCGCAGACGUGGUCCGGCAUGCUGGUGGGGGCGCUGUGCGCGCUGGCGGGCGUGCUCACCAUCGCCAUGCCCGUGCCCGUCAUCGUGAACAAUUUCGGGAUGUACUACUCCUUAGCCAUGGCUAAGCAGAAACUACCAAAGAAAAAAAAGAAGCAUAUUCCACGGCCACCGCAGCUGGGAUCUCCCAAUUAUUGUAAAUCUGUCGUAAACUCUCCACACCACAGUACUCAGAGUGACACAUGUCCGCUGGCCCAGGAAGAGAUUUUAGAAAUUAACAGAGCAGAUUCCAAACUGAAUGGGGAGGUGGCGAAGGCCGCGCUGGCGAACGAAGACUGCCCCCACAUAGACCAGGCCCUCACUCCUGAUGAGGGCCUGCCCUUUACCCGCUCGGGCACCCGCGAGAGAUACGGACCCUGCUUCCUCUUAUCAACUGGGGAGUACGCGUGCCCACCUGGUGGAGGAAUGAGAAAGGAUCUUUGCAAAGAAAGCCCUGUCAUUGCUAAGUAUAUGCCGACAGAGGCUGUGAGAGUGACUUGACCAGGCGGCUUGGCCGAGGACACUGGUGGCUAUUAAGCAUCUGGGUGGACCUGCAGCCCCUCCUCACCCUCGGACAGAGUAAAUUCACGCCAUGCAGGUUUGCCGGACGAGUCCGAGUGGCCCAGGCAUUGUACUAGGACGGACGUAGCUUUUUCUACGGCCAAAUGGUAACUGACCGUAGAGGAUUUCUUUUCCUUCUUUUCAUUUUUUAAAGUUUUAUUUUAUUUGGGGGGGAGGUGGAGGGGCUCCUUAGCAUGACUUGCAUGAAGUUAAACAGAAAACCCAGCAAACCAAACCCACCGCCCCCCUGCAACUGUUAUGAUUCCCUUAAAUAACAAUAACAGAAAGAAAAA